GGACGAACCUCUUCAUGAUUACUUGCCAGCCUAAGGUAUUACCUACCCAGGAAGGUAAGGCAUCCCAACUGACCGAUCCCUUAGGCUGUUGGGAACUGGCAACAAAGAGACACGAAACCGAGCGCUCGGGUAUUGUGCGUUUUGCAGCUUCCAAACAGGUCGACCAGGUCUUUCCCGGUCCGUUCUUCACUUCGAGCAGGAACAAGGUCUGCGCUUCGGUGAGAGCUCUAGCGGGGUACCCACAUCUCGGUGAGCCCUUCACCUUGAAAAUUUCAUCCCGCCGCCGGCCUGCGUGUGUCUAAGCCAGCUACCUCUCCCAUCGCUCAGCUUCCUGCCUAUUUCGACCUUGAGACCGCCUCAACUUGGGUCCCCACGACUUCCUUCGCACAUUGCUACAGCUGGUAUUUCUGCAACAGAGCUUCAUCUGCCCAAUUGAUGCAGCAAUCAUGUUUGAGAACCUCUGCACCCUCCCCCUCUCCGCCGAGGUCUUCACCCAGGUCCUCCACCCUACCGAGCCGCUACUGACCGUUGGCUUGUCUACCGGCCACGUCGAAACCUUCCGUCUCCCUUCCUCCGGCGACAACGAUUCUGAAGCUUCCGAUGACCCCGAUACGAGCAUAGCAUCAAGCGGUCGUGGGGCUAUCGACAGCGUCUGGCGCACAAGGCGUCACAAGGGAAGCUGUAGAGCCCUGGCCUACAGCCACGAUGGUUCUGCCCUCUACUCCGCCGGCACGGAUGGCUUGAUCAAGCACUUCUCCCCGACGACCGGCAAGGUCAUCUCUAAAGUCAUCAUCCCCUCCUCGAAUAAGCAGAUCGACGCCCCGACACUCAUGCACGUUCUGAGUUCUCAGAGCCUCCUUCUCGGCUGCGACUCCGGAGCUAUGCACAUAUUUGACCUGCGGGACGGCGUCCCCUCGGCCAAGCCUGCUCAGACACACUUCCCUCACUCCGACUACGUCUCUGCCAUCGUCCCGUUGCCUCCUUCCGCCGAGAGCACCUCUGGCUUCUCCAAGCAAUGGGUCUCUAUUGGUGGAACGACGCUCGCUGUGACAGAUGUGCGCAGAGGCGUUCUUGUCCGCUCCGACGACCAAGAAGACGAGCUGCUAUCUGCUGCCUACGUCCCCGGCCUCGGCCCCAAGAAUAACAGGAACAACGGUAUCGUCGCUGUCGGAUCCGGCUCCGGGGUGGUCACGGUCUGGGACAAGGGUGCUUGGGAUGACCAACAAGAACGCAUCAUCGUUGACGGCGGCAAGAGCGGCGGUGAGAGUCUGGACGCUCUGGCCUUGGUCCCCGAAGAGCUUGGGCUGGGGAAGAAGCUGGUCGUCGGCCUCGGUGAUGGUAGCCUCCGGGUGGUGGACUUGGUAACUAGGGAGGUCGACAAGUCCCUGAAUCUCCGCCAUGACGACGUUGAAGGUGUCAUUUCCGUUGCCUUUGACUCUCAGAAUCGCCUGAUAACUGCCGGCGGUAGGACGGUUAAGGUAUGGGAGGAGCUGUCCGAGCUUCAGGGCGAGCCCCAAGGCAGUGACGAGGAUAGCGACAGCGAUAGCGAUGACGAGACCUCUGGCAAGCGCCGGGCAGACAGCGACAGUGAUGAUGAUAGCGACAGUGAUGACGAUUCAAAGCCACGAAGCAAGCGCCAGAACACGGGAGCCGACAAGCUUGGCCCAAUGGGCGCGCACGGCAUCCUAGGCUUUGACGGCUUGGACUAGACUGAUAUCUUACAUUUACUUAAUGAUACCCUCCAGUGCCGUCUGUAGAAAAGGAUGAGCCAUUCAAGGAACCAUUUCAACUCUGUUGCAUCUUGAUGAUGCAGUGACUUCUACUCCUGGCGUUCUGGUGUCCUGGGAGAUCUUUGCCUUUCGGAGUAAGAGAGCGAGCAUGG